UACUUUUACAAUAGCCCAUCUCUAACACUGAUCGAAAAUCUUGAUUUUCCAUUUUUCCCCCAACAUUAUUAACAAAAUAAACUGCGGCCAAAUUGCGCAUAAUACAAUUGCAGUUGCCAGCAUUGCAAACACAGCCGGAAAGUCAAGAAAACCCGAAUUUAGGCCAAACAAAAUCCGCAGUGCUUGAAAAAAUCAUAACAAGUGAAAAGCUGCAAAUAAACGUAAACUAUGUCUGACAACAACAGUGGAUCUUGUGGCGGAGGAGGAAACGGUGGCUCCGGGAACAACAAUAGUGCUAAUAGCGGGAAGAACUCGACGCACAGGGUCGACGAGGUGUCCAGUGAGAUCACCGAUCAGUUGCUGGGGCAAUGGCGCAAGAACUUUUACAGCGAACCGAAGAAUCUACUGGCCCAGAACGUCUGCUCCCGCGUGGAUCCCUUCGACGUGUGCCUGUCCCGGAAGGCGUUGGAGACCACCAACCAUGUGUUCAACUACAAGGUGGAAACGGAGGGCAAGCCGGUGACCAACCAGAGGAGCUCCGGCCGAUGCUGGCUGUUCGCGGCCCUCAACUGCAUCCGCCUGCCAUUCAUGAAGAACUACAAUCUGGACGAGUUCGAGUUCUCUCAGGCCUUCCUCUUCUACUGGGACAAGAUCGAGCGGUGCAACUACUUCCUGAACAACAUCGUGAAGACGGCGCAGCGGGGCGAGAAGGUCGACGGCCGGCUGGUGUCCUUCCUGCUCCUCGAUCCCACCUCCGAUGGCGGCCAGUGGGACAUGCUGGUCAACCUGAUAACCAAACACGGCCUCAUGCCAAAGAAAUGCUUCCCCGAGAGCUUUAGCUGCGAGUCCAGCAUACGAAUGAACGCCAUACUGAAGAGCAAGCUUCGGGAGUACGCCCGCCACCUGCGCGUGCUGCUGGACACGAAUCCCACAAAGGAGGAGAUCGAGUGCAAGAUCCAGGAGCAGAUGGCCGAGAUCUACAAGGUGGUGGGCAUCUGCCUGGGCAUUCCCUCGGAGACCUUCACCUGGGAGUACUACGAUAAGAGCAAGAACUACCAGUCCAUCGGUCCGGUCAGCUCGCUGGAAUUCUACGAACGCUAUGUUAAGCCGCAUUUCAACGUCGAGGAUAAGGUGUGCCUGGUCACCGAUCCUCGGCCAACGAGUAGCUAUGACCAGGCAUACACCGUGGACUGCCUGGGUAAUGUGGUCAACGGCCGACCCGUCCUAUACAAUAACCAGUCGGUGGAGCUGCUCCUGGCCGUGGUCACCAAGUCGCUGAAGGCCGGUGAGGCCGUUUGGUUCGGUUGCGAAGUCAGCAAGCGAUUCGCCUCCAAGCAGGGCAUCGAGGAUGUGGAUGUCCACGAUUUCAAGCUGGUCUUUGACAUCGAUAUACAAACGACAUUCUCUAAGGCGGAUCGUCUAAUUUACGGCGAAUCGGCAAUGACCCAUGCCAUGGUCUUCACCGCCGUCUCUGUGGACAAGAGCGGCGUGGCCCAGAAAUUGCGGGUGGAGAACUCGUGGGGUGAGGAUCGCGGCGAGAAGGGCUACCUGGUGAUGAACGCCGACUGGUUCAGGGAGUUCGGCUUCGAGGUAGUUGUGGACAAGAAGUACGUGCCCGAGGAUGUGCUGCGCGUGUUUGACAUGGAUCCGAUCGUCCUGCCCGCCUGGGAUCCCAUGGGCACGCUGGCGCAGUAGGCAGUAGCUGGCGCCAUCCACAUAUAUAUUUAAUUAUAAUAUAUACAAAGCUUUACAAGCAGCAAUCUUCGAGCGGAAUCCAAGUGUUCGAGUUACUAUCACCUUUCAGUUUUUGUGUACAUUUUUUUUGUUUCUGUCCAGUUGUCACAUUUUACAAGGUCUUCACACACCUCCUGCUUUCCAAAGUUCACGUCUAUGCAAUAUAUUCAGUGCAAGUCCCCCAAUCUUUGUCAGUUCUGUAAUAUUGUAAUUCCGUAAUUUUGUUUGUGUUUAGUCUAAGUAAAAAAAAUUUCUCAGUUCUCCCUCGAA